UUUAAUCGCAGAAUUAUUGACCCCAUCAGCUUAUGCCGGUCACACAAAAUAAAGAUUCAAAAGUUAUACUAACGAGUUCUUAAUAGGAGCUGAAACCUAAAAAAACCACACUGCCUUUCAACGGAUAAUCGUCAACUUUUAAAAAUAGACUAUGUUUAUACUUUUUCUGCUUCUCGUUUUCGCAAUCUCUGUUUCGGGAAAUGAUGAUUUUUUCCCGAAAGAUUUUGGAAAUGAGGUCAGGAACUUUCAACCACUGGGUAUAAAUAUGAAAGUCGAUCAGAAAUUACUCUCAGUUAUUCUUGAACAUAAGCUUAGAUCGAAGCGAGAACUUAAGGAGGAUGGCAAAAUCGACUCCAAUCACCAACAUAAUCCCCAGGACAAUCCAGAAACCAGUCCGAAAAACAAUCCCGAAACCAGUCUACAACCCAAUACAAAACACGAUCCCAAACAAGAUCCUCAAUCCGAACUCGUGCCAAAAAAGAAAAUGCACGUGUGGACCAUCUACGAUACCCUUAUGGUAAUCUUCCUGAUACUGGUGCUGAUAUAUGUGAGAAGGAAACUAUAUAAUAAGGAAGGGGACAACUGCUGCUUUGGAUGCAAAUGGGGGCGACUGAGAAAUGAAACCCCCGAGGUCAGGACCGAAAUUCUUAACCAGCAAGAGACGACAAACUAUCUUUAA